CCCUCAUUUUCUUCUCCAACCCCAAAACUCUGAAAACCCUAAGGUUUCUUUUCCUGCUCCAAAAUCCGCCGCCAUGGGUCGCCGCCCCGCCCGUUGCUACCGCCAGAUCAAGAACAAGCCGUACCCGAAGUCCCGCUUCUGCCGCGGUGUGCCGGACCCGAAGAUCCGAAUCUACGACGUCGGCAUGAAGAAGAAGGGCGUCGACGAGUUCCCCUUCUGCGUCCACCUCGUCUCCUGGGAGAAGGAGAACGUCUCCAGCGAGGCGCUCGAGGCGGCGCGUAUCGCCUGCAACAAGUACAUGGCCAAGUUCGCCGGCAAGGACGCGUUCCAUCUACGCGUUAGGGUUCACCCGUUCCAUGUGCUCAGGAUUAACAAGAUGCUUUCCUGCGCCGGAGCCGAUAGGCUUCAGACCGGUAUGAGGGGAGCGUUCGGGAAGCCUCUUGGGACUUGCGCUAGGGUUGAUAUUGGGCAGGUGCUGCUCUCUGUGAGGUGCAAGGACAGCAACAAGAACAAUGCUUGUGAGGCUCUGAGGAGGGCUAAGUUCAAGUUUCCCGGUCGCCAAAAGAUCAUUGAGAGCAGGAAGUGGGGAUUCACCAAGUUCAACCGUGUUGACUAUGUAAGAUUGAAGUCAGAGGCACGCAUUCUUCCUGAUGGUGUCAAUGCCAAGCUCUUGGGAUGCCACGGAUCUUUGGCUUUGCGUAAGCCUGGUGAAGCUUUCAUUGACGCUGCUGCUUAGAAUAUCUUUGUCUAGGAAUUGAAUUCGUGUAAUCCAAUUUCUUUUUGUGCUUUAAAUUCUGUUGACUCUGAAGUUUCGAGUACCUUAAAUUUGCAUUUGUAUUUUGAUGACUGAAGUUUAUGUCUUCAAUUUGGUACACAAGUUUUGGGAAAAUGUAUCUCAAUUAGUAUUUUGCUUAAA